AUGUCAGUUUUCGAGUCACCAAAAGCCAGAAUAAACUCUGCUAUGCUGUCUCAAUAUAUCAGCAGGCCAAUUUGCUUCGUUGGACGUGUUGAAAAGGUAAUAUGUAUGUGUUAUUGGUGUACCGUUAGUUCAGCACUAGAAAUUGGAUGACAUUUUCUCUUGACGAAAGGUUCGUGAUGGUAACGUUACACCAAACUAGAAAUUCGCUACUUAGCUAGCAUUACUAAAUCGCGAUUCAUUGUUUAUUGUCGUCUAUGACAGGUCCAUCCAACAGGAAAAUCAUUCAGUCUUUCGGACGGAGAAGGGAAGUCUGCAUCAGUGGAACUCAACGAGCCCGUAAGUACAGUCACAGCGUUUCUACAGUUGCAAGACUUAGCUAGCUACAGUAGACUGGUUGAACAGUAGCUAUCUUCUAGGAAUUAGAAAUACAAAUAUCUGACAUUGACAACAUGACAUCACUCAACUGAAAGUGAACAUUGUACUUGAGUUUCAAAGGCAUAUGUCGAUUAGUAUUAUUACUAAUCAGGCAAAAUUAGUAUAUUGCCUGAUGUAACAUUGUUUAUUUUUUCCCAGCUUGAUGAGGAGCUUAGCGGGGUAGUGGAGGUGCUUGGUAUUGUUUCCAACAAAGGGACAAUAAUGGCCUCUGCAUACAACAUGCUCAGAGAAGACAAAGGCAUUCCUUUCGGUAAGUACAUAAUCUCUCCUGUGGAAAAGGGAAUGUGUUCUCAAAGGUAGACUGCUAAAUGACAUUAUACACAGCAGGGUGACUUCCUGCAACAAAGUCAACAAAAUAUGUUCUCUUCCCAAUGUGGGUGUAUCUCAAGGGAGAGCACAGAUUUGGGAGAAACAAUAGUGGUAGUCUUGGCAUAUUUGAAUUCUUGUUGAUGAUGGUGUCUCUAGGAUGUCGCCCCACGGUAUGUAAUGAUAUUGACAUCUUGCAGAGUCUACUUUUAAACAUGCCAAAGACUGUAUUCAACUGGUUUGACAUCUCUUCAUUAUCUUUACAUAAUGGUUGAACUAAUAUCAUUUCAUGUUCAUUUUUAUUUCCUUUCCAGACCUGGAGCUGUACAAUGAAGCCCUGAAAGUCAUCCAUGAUUUCCCCCAGCACUAUCCAUUUGAAAUAGCCACCAGUGGAUGA